GAGUUCGCGGAGACCCGACCCUGGUGUGGGUGGCGGUGGAGACGUGCGAGCAGUGCCGACGGGGAGAUGAGGUGCUGCUUCCAGCGGGCGCCGUGACCUUGGGCGAUGUGGCGCUGACGCCGACAGGCGAUGGCGGAAACCUGUGCCUGAGGCGGCUGAGGCGCCAGGACGUGAUGAGCUGGGUCGGGGCUGAAGCCGCUGGAGACGCGCGGGUCCUGAACGUGGAGCUGAGCGAAGCUGGGCGGCAAAGGACCCAGUGGCGCGACGUGGUGAGCAAGUCGAGCGUUACCGACUUCGCCGACUGGCCCGUGGUCGGCCCCAGGACCACCGAGUGGUGCAUGAUGUUCUUGAACAGACGAGGAGGUGGGCCGAUGGACCACCACAGGUACUUCACGGUGCUGCACGGCCUCGAGACGGGCGACUGGGGUGUGGACACGCACCGCAUGUGCCUCAAGGCCCAGCUGGUAGAGUACGUGUACGAGCAGGAGAGGGUCGCCAGGCAGAUGGCUGGCGGCAAAGGCAAGAUGGGAGCCGGCAAGGGCGCCGGGCUGCUGGGCGAGAGCCUGGUGUUCACAGGCCAGCACCGCGAGGCGGGCGGCGUCAUGCUGGCGCCGGAGCUGAUGGACUUCGUGUCGCGGGAGGUCGAGAGGGAUGCCAACGUCGUGAAGCAGGUGGGGAAGGCGCGAGAGGAGCGCCGAGCCCUCACCACCAACAAGAAGAAG